UGACGUGCUCGGUGAUCACGUGGUGAGCCGGUCAGCUGACUGACGGCUUCCGGGUUGUCGGUCGUUGUUUACUUUGAGAGCGGAUCCUUCUUUUGUUCUUGCGGCUUAAAUCCAGCAGCCAUGAACGCCUCGGACAGUGACGACGACUCCUUCAACGAGAGGACGGCGUUGGUCCCGUCUGAGAAUCCAACAGUGCCGUCCUACACGCCAGAUCCAGACCUCAGCCCCUCAAACGGCACGCCGUCCCAAAGGGUAAAGCCGGGGGUCGGCAGGAGGGGCGGUCCGGCCGCCGGGGACGGCGGCGGUGGAGGUGGCGGGGGCUCGGAUCAGGAGGUGGAUGCAGACGAUGAGGAGCUGACGCUGAAAUACGGAGCCAAGCACGUCAUCAUGCUGUUCAUCCCCGUCACCCUGUGCAUGGUGGUGGUGGUCGCCACCAUCAAGUCGGUCAGCUUCUACACCGAGAAGACCGACCAGCAGCUGAUUUACACGCCGUUCACGGAGAACACCUCAUCCGUCGGCCGCCGGCUCCUCAACUCCGUGCUCAACACCAUCAUCAUGAUCAGCGUCAUCGUGGUCAUGACCAUCUUCCUGGUCGUCCUCUACAAGUAUCGCUGCUACAAGUUCAUCCACGGCUGGCUCAUCCUGUCCUCCCUCAUGCUGCUCUUCUGGUUCAGCUUCAUGUACCUGGGCGAAGUCUUUAAGACGUACAACCUGGCGGUGGACUACCCGACGGUGGGGGUGAUCAUCUGGAACUUCGGGGCCGUGGGGAUGAUCUGUAUCCACUGGAAGGGCCCCCUGCAGCUGCAGCAGGCCUACCUGAUCCUCAUCAGCGCCCUCAUGGCCCUCGUCUUCAUCAAAUACCUGCCCGAGUGGUCGGCCUGGGUCAUCCUGGGAGCCAUCUCCGUGUACGACCUGGUGGCCGUCCUGUCCCCUAAAGGUCCGCUCAGGAUGUUGGUGGAGACGGCUCAGGAGCGCAACGAGCCCAUCUUCCCCGCCCUCAUCUACUCCUCUGCCAUGAUGUGGACGGUGGGGAUGGCGAGCCCAGCGGACGCUCCGCACUCUGGACACGAUACAGACGAGGAGGCGGAGCAGAGCGGCAGGGGGGCGGAGCCUGAGAGCAGACGGUCCCGGACGUUUCCUGAAGACGACCUGGAGGAGGACAGAGGGGUGAAGCUCGGCCUCGGUGAUUUCAUCUUCUACAGCGUCCUGGUGGGAAAAGCUGCAGCGACGGGUGGAGACUGGAACACGACGCUCGCUUGCUUCGUCGCCAUCCUUAUCGGUCUGUGCCUGACUCUGCUGCUGCUGGCCAUCUUUAAGAAAGCCCUGCCGGCGCUGCCCAUCUCCAUCACCUUCGGCCUGGUCUUCUACUUCUCCACAGACUUCCUGGUUCAGCCCUUCAUGGACAACCUGGCUGCUCACCAGUACUACAUCUGACAGAAAGACCCGCCCCCUCGCUUUCCUCCUCCUCCUCAUUAUCUUCCUCGUUAUCCUGCAGGGCCGCCGCACAACGCACAAAGACCACUUCCUGCGCAGGUCUUCUACCCGUCUUUCUAACACUGUUUGGGGAACAUGACGCAUUAACCAAACCGCAGGAAGUGAUGUAAUGCGGACGGAGGAAGCUGGUGUGGGUGUUAGAAGGUGGCAGCAGGUUACCUGGUAGAUUCUCCUCAGGUGUGUUUCUGAUCACCUGCUGACUAAUAGUUUAAAGGAAAGAUCCACCUUAAAUGCUGUAACUCAUCCUGUCUGUAGAGUCUCAGUCACGUUUCUGACGGCCGCGUGUGAUUGGACGACGCUGCCGUCAGUCAAAGCAGACACAACAUCCUGUUUUCAAACUGUAAACAUUCACUGGGACAGAAUUUAAGGAUGUUAUUGACACUUUUUUUGUGCGCUCCAUUCGCUGUUUUGUCUUUUAACUUCCUGUCGGUGGCACUGGCUUCUGUCCUGCAAACGCACACCUACAUUAAUGAGGAGGUCAUGUGACCUGACGCCACAUCCACCGCCGAUAUCUAGCUUAGCCUGUGUUAGCAGCAGCGCAGUGUUUCUGUGGUGAUUAAAACCAGCUGAUUUUGAUGCAUUAUAAACUUUUCAACUUGUUUAAUAAACAUUUUAUUAUUAGUAGUAGAAUUUGGAAUAAUCACGCCAUAAAACAAAAAUUCUUUUGAUAUUUUGAAUGUCAUUCGUUUCUGAAGAUCCAGACGUUUCACUGUCAUCGCCAUAACUACAGAUGAAGAAAUAUUAUUAUUAUGCAUUAAAACUCUUUGAAACGACCACAUCUUGAGUUGUCAUGUUAUAUUUACAGUGUCAGUCAAUCAGCUGCUCGUUAGAUUAAAAAACUGAUCAGAUAUUUGAUCAAAUAUCUUGAGGUGAAGCUGCAGACGUCAUUCCCACUUCCUGUGUAGACAGGAAGUUGAAAGACAGCAUCACAGCGGACCGAUUUUAAUGUUUACAGUAUUUUAAGGUGGAUUUCUCCAUGAACACGUUGGCAGAUCUCCCUCACAGAAACAGAUUACUUUACUUCUAAGAUUAGGAUUAAUGAAGGUUUAAUUAAACUUCAAAAUCCAGCUGUGAUGCAGAACUUCAACAGAAGCUGCGGUCCUUUAUUAACGAAACAAAGCUGCGAAAUGAAACCAGCUCGACUGUCAGAGUGACGUCAACAGGUCCGAUCCGGUUUAAUCUGUUCAUUAUUUUUAGCAGUAAAAGACCUCGUAUCAAAACCGAGUUUCAGGACCUGAAUGAUUCUAGUUUAAAUUCUGCUCAUCUCGUGAGGAGAUAAUCGCUUGACCUAAAGAUAUGCACCCCCCCCCCCCCCCCAACAGUCCCUCUGAAACGCCAAAAGUCCACUUUAAUACAAUUUCAGACUCUAUUUAAAGGUUUUACAUACAUUAAGAAAAGAGAAAGAAAAAGAUCUGAAUCACCCUAAUUAGUCGACGGUAGUGUUGUAGUACUGGAGACCGGUCUUGUCUCGGACAUUAAGGACUCUGGAUUUUAUUUCAAGACCAGUGCAGAGCAACUUGGGAAUAUCAAUAAAUUGCUUUUGCAUUGUCUGAUUUAUUUGUUAACAUCCAAACUUUGAUUGGAUGUAAAUCUUAUUGCUUCUAAUGCAACAAAUAACCCUAAUUAAAAAUGUGUUGUUACCGUUAGCGACUGCCCCCCCCUCCCCGUGAUGCUCAGCGUGGAAAAGGAGCGUUGAUUUCAGCUCUUAGUGUUUACAUGUGGGUGUUUUAACGGGAAUGUGGAUCUUUCAGAUCAAUUUGAGACGUACCUCUGAUCUGGUUCCACAUUUUAUUGUGUGUCCUGUGGGGAACUGGUUUGGGUCUCGACUCGGUCUCAACCCUAAAGUCUUGGUCUCGAUAAACUCUGGUCUUGGUCUUUACUACAACACUAAUAGACUAAUAGACAUGUAUUCCUUAAAACUUACGAGUACUUAUUUUUUUGAGACCAGCACUUAAUUUUUUGUCACUUGUAACUAUUCCGUUGGUUAAUAGCAACUAAAUGCACAUUUUUCCCCUUGAAAUCUACGGGGCUCUGAUAUCAGCUGGUAACUAUUCCAAAACACUCUAGUAAAGAUCUUUUUUAUUCAUCUAUGACCUGUAAAACUGCUUGUUGAUAGUUACUAAGUUUAUCUCAGUAACUAUUGGAAUAGUUACUAGUAACAAAAGAAAUCAGGACUAGUAGCUAAAAAUGAGAUAUUAGUAACCAUUUCAAUUUCACUAGUAACUAUUCAAAUAGCUACUAGUAACUAAAGAACAGGUGAAGUCUGCACUGCAGAGAUUUCAAUAGCAGAAAUGUGCAAUAGUAAUUAAUGCCUCACUAAAUGUUGGAGCUGCAACACACCUGGUUUAAAUCCUCACCUCAGCAGGAGGUCAGCUAGUGUUGCUAACUUUAGCUUUGGCAGCAGAAAGCUUCAUUUUUAUCUUUAGGAUCCAUCAAACAAAACCUAAACUACAGAACACGGCACCAGUGGAGUCUGUCCAGGUGGGUUUGUGUGUCCAGGUACGUCACCAUUGUGGUCUGGAAAUGACAGAACAGAAUCUAUAUUCUGGAAAAAUGUUUCAACUAACUUAUAUUCACCUCCAUUAUUAUAUCAUGAGAACAGAGUUGUAAUAUUUCACAGAACCAAACCUUUGUUCAGGUUUCAACACAAACUGCAUUUACUUUGUAUUUAGAUGCUACGAGCUCUGUUCUCUAGUUUACAGCCGAGUAUUAAAAUAGUUUUAUACAUCUUUACUCUCAAAAUAUAUCUUUAUUCUAGAAAAUUACUUCUUUGUAUAAAAAGAAUUUAGGCAGUGUUUCUGAAAUAUUACAACGGCAUUCUUAAAUGAUUUCUUUGGUAACCGUGGCUGUAAUUUUCUGCAGUUUCCAAAUGAAAUGCUCUGUUGCUCCGGGACUGUUCAUUUCUCUCUGAACUGAACUUUCUGAUAAAGCUUUACGAACACCGGCCUGCUGUAUGAUGGGUAUAUUUUGUAGAAAGUGAUUCAGGUGAUUUUGUAACUGAAAGAUUUUAUUUCAUUGUAUUGUGCAAUAAACUUCUGUGAUGAGCUGGAGAAAUAAAAACAAAUCUAUUCAACUUC